CCUCCUCUUCCUCCUCCUCUGGUUUCGCGUUACAGCCCUGGGAGGGAGAGUUGCGCGGAGCCAGUUCCUCUAGAAACUGAAUGACAGGAUCAUACGGCUCCCUUUGCCUCAUAAUCCCUACAUCUUUUUUUUUUAUUAUUAUUAUUGUAAAGGGGGAGAAAUCCAUCUGACUGUGAUGGGGAUGUGGAAUAAUUUCUAACUCAGACACGAGAGAAGCAAAAGGCGAGGCACCGGAGAGAGCAGCCCGCGGCUGGAGCAUCGAGCCGGAGGAGAGCGCAGGACGCGCCGCCGCGGACACCGAGCCCUCCGCCGAACAAGAAGCCCAAUGUGACCUUCAUGUGAGUCGAGUGUCUUCAUUCAACAUUCACGGCGAAGACGGGAGGAGGAAAAAAAUAAAGAGCCGAGGAGGAGAUUAAGACGAGAGCACACAGCCGCGCGAGGGAGGAGAAGAAAAACAAGUAAGAAAGUAAAAACAGAACAAAGGGUGGGGAAGAAGAAACACAACAGCAUCUCUUCCCUCCUCUACAAACAGCACGGCGGGCAGCGAGGAUCGGAAAGUAGAACACAGGAAAGAAAGAGGAGGGGGGGGGGGGGGCUUGUGAAAUGAGCAAAGAAUCAAAAGAAGCAAGAAAGUGAAUAUGAGGAGGAUAAGGAAGAGCGUGCCGGAGACGGGGAGGAGGGCAGGAGUUGUCAAAACAGGACGUGGAAAUUACAGGCAUUUUCAGGAACUCCCAGAAAGAAAUGACUCUGGAGAGAGAACAAAGCGAGAGGACAGACGUGCAUGAGAGCGCGCGAUAAGAAGAAGAAGAAGAAGAAGAAAAAAAAAUCCAAAUGUAGAAUUUCAGCAGGAUAUUGGAUUUCAGAGCAUUUUGCUCAGAGAGAUGCUGAAUGUCUGGAGUGCCAGGGAGAGCAUGUUCACGCACGUCGCUGCCAUCCACGGAUUGAUUGCUCGCUCCAUCGCUCAGCACCAGCUCCGGCGAAUGAGACUCGACGUGGGCGCCAUGGGCGGGGCCAGGAUGUUGCUCCUGGCGUUGCUGGUCGGGUGGGACGAGUCGCUCGGCCUCAACUGGAACCCGAUACCGCGGAAGACCGUUCGAUAUCAGGAUGUGCUGGACAGCAUGGCCAGAUUCAGCACCCAGGGAGUCUUCAACUACAGCAUGCUGACGUUGUCGGACCACGAGAGGGUUCUGUACGUAGGCGCUCGCGAGGCGCUGUUCGCCCUCGACCCGAAUGACAUCAGCAGACAGCUGCGACCACAGAUCGACUGGCCGGCUCCGCAGGACAAAAAGAGGGAGUGUGUCGCCAAAGGAAAGAACAACCAGACCGAGUGCUUCAACUACAUCCGCUUCCUGCAGAGCUACAACCACACGCACCUCUACACGUGCGGCACCUUCGCCUUCCAGCCCAAAUGCACCUAUGUGAAUGCAGAUUAUUUCACGCUCAACACUGCAGCCCUGGAAGACGGAAAGGGGAAGUGUCCCUACGACCCCGCCAAGGGGCACACCGGCCUCAUCGUGGAUAAAGAGCUGUACUCGGCGACGCUCAACAACUUCCUGGGUACGGAGCCAGUCAUCCUGAGGAACCUGGGCCAGCAGCACUACAGCAUGAAGAGCGAAUACUUGCCCGCCUGGCUCAAUGAGCCAGACUUCGUGGGCUCGGCCCUGGUGAGGGAGAGCGGCGGCAGCAAAGACGGAGACGACGACAAGAUCUACUUCUUCUUCAGCGAGCGAGCGCUGGAGCUGGACUGCGACACGGAGCUGACGGUGGCCCGCGUGGCUCGCGUCUGCAAGGGCGACCUGGGCGGCACCCGGACGCUGCAGAAGAAGUGGACGACCUUCCUGAAGGCGCGGCUGGAGUGCUCCCUGCCCGAGCGCCACGUCUCCUUCAACAACCUGCGGGCCGUCUUCACGCUGCCGGGCCAGGACUGGCGAGGGACCACCUUCUACGGGAUCUUCCACGCUCAGUGGGGCGACGUGGACGUGUCGGCCGUCUGCCAGUACCAGGUCGGCGACGUGAAGAAGGUGUUUGAGGGCUCCUAUAAAGAGUACCGAGAGGCGUCGCAGCGGUGGGGGCGCUACACCGGCACCGUGCCGAGCCCGCGGCCCGGAUCGUGUAUCACUAAAUCGGACAGGGAGAGCGGCUACAACAGCUCGCUGCAGCUGCCCGACGCCACGCUCAACUUCGCCAAGAAGCACCCGCUGAUGGAGGACAAAGCUCUGGCUCGCCCCCUGCUGCUCACCAAGGGCGUCAACUUCACACGGCUGGCGGUGGAUCGGGUCAACGCCCUGGACCAGCGGGCGUACAACAUGCUCUUCAUCGGCACGGCGGAGGGCUGGCUGCAGAGGGUGGUGAUCCUGGGCGCCGAGGCCCACGUGAUCGAGGAAAUCCAACUGUUUGACACGCCGCAGCCGGUGGACAGUCUCACCAUCUCCCACGCCAAGAAGUAUUUGUACAUCGGCUCUCGCUCCGAGGUUCUCCAGCUGCCCUUGGCCAACUGCAGCCGCUAUCAGUCCCAGCCGGACUGCCUGCUGGCCCGGGACCCCUACUGCGCCUGGGACAGCGAGGGCCGGGCCUGCGUCCGCAUCGACCUCCACCGGGGGUCCACCGCCUCGCUCUCACAGGACCUCAUGCUGGAGAGGUUCAGCCGGGGAAAAGCCAAGUUUGACAAACCGGUGUCCAUCCCCAGCCCCGAGCACUCCCGUUUGAGGAACAUAACCGUGGUGGUGGGCUCCGACAUGGUGCUGCCCUGCCAGCUCGUCUCCAACCUGGCUCAGCCCUGCUGGGUCCUCAACGACCGCGAGCUCCAGCUGGGGGACCCGGAGGCGGGGGGGCCGCGCUUCGACCGCACCCUCAAAGCCCUCGUCAUCCCCGAGGCCGGCCAGAUGCAGGCGGGCCGCUACGUCUGCUACUCCGAGGAGCAAGGCGUGAAGUUCCAGACGGAGCGCUACCAGGUGGCGGUGGUGGCGAGCGCGCCGGUCUUCAUGGAGGCCCGGGCCCCCGACAGCAGCAUGGGGCUGUUCUGGGUGCUGGUCAUCACCCUGGGGGCCGCCUGCCUGCUGCUCCUCGUGGCGGCGCUCUACCUGCGCCGGCGGCUGAAGCUGGCGCUGGGGAAGGGAGCCGACAUGAAGCCUCUGGAGAGCACGCUGGUCUACCCCAUCACCCUCCCCAAGGAGCCGCCCACCUUCGUGCCCAGCAAGAUGCCCAGCGACGAGGACCGCUUCUGGGAGACAGGCGCCAACUACUACUACUCGGACGGCUCGCUGAAGAUCGUUCCCGGCCACGCCCUGGGGCCCAGCAGCGUCAGCAGCACGGCGUCGCCCAGCGCCAUCCCCGGCCAGCCCAUCCACUCCCCCAGCCGGCUCAGCCUCACCAACAUCCGCGGCUCCGGUAGCAACGGCUACAUCCGCCUCAACCUGAGCUCGGCCGGGGAGGAGAGGGCUAGCGGGGCCGGCGCUGGGGGCGGCGGGCUGGGGGGCCUCGGCAUGGGCGUGGGCGGGAACGACUACUCCAGCCCCUUCAAGGAGGAGCUGAGACGCACCCUGCAGCAGCGGAGCGUCCUGCCCGACGCCAACCCCGAGGAGUCGUCGGUGUAGCCGGCCCCGCCCCCGCCUCGAUUCCCCGAGUUGGAAAAAACAAAACAACCAACCUACCUCCCUCCUUUUGAGGACGCCUCUGCUCUCUCUCCCUCUCUCCCUCCCUCUCUCUCUCUCUCUCUCUCUCUCUCAUUCUGCCAAUGCCUGUUUGGCUCACUGUAGACAUCUAUAGCACACAGCAUGUUAAACACACACACACACACACACACACACACACACACACCGUGCACUCCUGUAAUUAUUGUGUUUGGGCAACAUGCAGUCAUGAUUGUGACUUUCUUUGCUUCCACUGUGCAAUGGCCACUUGUGUAAAUUGUGUAUUUAAAACGGACGAACGGAACGGAAAAAUCACACAAAUGGUGUUAUAUAUUUUCAGAAGGGCACAUUUCUUUUUUUUUCCGGAGUGGACCAAGUGAGGCUUUUAGCGUCUGCGCUGAAACGAGUUGACACACGACAAGGGCAACUAACUGGAAAUAUUGAACUGAUUCUUUGUCCUCUCUGUUCCUUUGAGACUUUUUCAGCUUACUGCACUUAAAAACUGGGAGCCCGUCUUCCCUUUUUUUUUUUCUUCUUUUUUUUUUAAUUUUCUACUUGUGAGCCAAGAGUGUGAGAGCGGUAUAAAAAGACUAAUUAAUCUCCACGCACGACGACAAUCAUGUCCCCAUAGCAGGAGCGUUCUGUGCGGGACGGAGAGAGAGAGAGAGAGAGAGAGAGAGAGACAAAGAGAGAGAGGAAAUUAAAUGGAAAAUGAAGUGAACUGGAGUGAAAAACGCAAAGGGGGGGCUUUUGAAUGAAGGACAAUCUCUCAAGACUUUCUGUGCUCAGUUUGUAUUUUUUGGCCCCCGUGUUGUAUUUACCCCUGGAGAAAGCCUUCCAUCCCCUCCGCUUUCAUUCUGAUGUGACGGUUGCUUUGAAUUAAGACAUUUUCUUGUUGUUCUUUUCCCGUCUCACGGACUACAGCAGUGUUCAAGUCGCCGCCGGCGGACUAAUGUCUCCUCUCUGUGAAUGACGAUGAGCGGCGCCGUUCGCUCGGCGACCUUCAGGACCGGCGCACUACACCUGCUCUCCGCAGGACAGCGUUUCCAGCCACAGGGUGGAACAGAGACGUGCUUUUUGGGUUGGACAUUUUUUCAGGCCAUGUUGCAUUCAGCCCCGCGCGGCCGGACAGUAAUUGCACACUCGAUUCCCAAAUCGAAGUUGACAUGAAGACAUUAGGCAUGGAGAAUGUAGUCGAACCGUCACUGUUGCGACCGCCGUGGAUGUCUCAAUAAGUGCUUUAUAUUUCAUGUGUUUGGUGAGGGUGGUGACUUUUUACUGCCAAGUGGAAACUGACCCUCACACGUACACACCAGGUCCUCUGAAUCCCAACAGUCCCGGACUGCAGUGUGUUUGUGAUCCCCAGGAACCCCCCCCCCCCCCCCCCCCUCCCCACCCCCAAACAGCCCUCCCUUUUACCGAUGCCCAGAGACUGACCCCGGGCUACUGUGGACUUACUCCAGAGGAAGAUCACUGUAAAGCAACGACCACGCCACACACAGUGUUGAAGGCAGACCGGGUGAUUACUGCUGCGCUGACAAAACUUCUGGCUUCAGGCGAGAGGCAGCCGAGAACCAGUGAAAAGGUAUUGUUCCACCUAAUUAAAUUCAUGCAAACAGAUUUAAGCAAACUCCUAACCUUAAAACGAUUUCCAAUUUAGAUUUCUGGCUCUUAGUGCCGCUCAGGCGUAGUGGUGCGAAUUAUUUUGUGUAUUUAUUCAGCUCCUCUGGCACUGGCUUUGCUGUGCAAAUUACUUAAAAAGGAACAACUCAACGUUUUAGGGAAUCGACUUGUUUACUUUUCGUGUUAAAAUAGAUGAGAUGAUUGAUACCAUUAAUAACAUAGACGUGUGUGUGUGUGUGUGGGGUUAAUGGUAUCUUCAGUUCCAUCAACUAGAUUAACACACAGUAAUGCUCAGUACAGAGCGCUCACAGUGUUAUGCUCGGUGUUGAUAGCUGGAUUUGGACUGGUUUGGGGAUCGAACCAGUGGUUCAGCAUCAAGAUCAAAAUCGGGGGUACAGCUGACUUUCUCCUGCCCUGAGAUUAUAGAAAUAACAAAAAAAGACCCAAGCAGGACUUUGAUUUGUUGCUCUUGUGGCGCGGUGGCCCUGCUGUCUGUAUCCAGACAGUCGCCUGUUUAUGGACCGGCAGGAGGUUUUGUUGGUGAAAGUAAAAGCCGCCGCUUGUCCCGAUCCUGAUCCCCUCCACUGUGAGCACCUAAAGCCAGACAGAGUGGCUUCCUGCUGCUCCCUCAGUCUGAGUUAAAAGCGGCACAAGACCCGGCGCUGCUCUCGUGACAUUUCUUUUCAAAGACCGCCGUUUCUUCCUUCUCUCUUUGCUCAUCUUGAUGCGUCAACACAAACUAUACCAAGGCGCCAGCUUCAUAUUUAUUACGCAGACUUCGGACGAUGCUUUCAGUCUUAUUUGAAAAUGCAGAUCAGUUUUAUUUCACAUCAUCAUUCUUGCAUCACCAUGUGUGCAGAUUUCACGUGAAGACGUAUAGGAGGAGAGAGCAUUAGCAUAGCGUAGCGCUCAUCGCAUCAUAAAUAGAAAACAUUGCGUUAUCAAGCCUCGGCACUGGAAGCUAAUGUAGUCCUGCCUUCUAACCAGACAAUCAAGUCACCAUGACAUUUAGUUCAGAUGUUAAUUUUCUCUUUACCUUGGUUCUCCAGCAAUAUAUUUCACAGAAGCCCCGUCAGCCGCCGCGGAUGCUAAACAUGGUAAAUAUCCUGUAACAAAUCAGCCGAGCAUCCCCGUGUCACAUUAGCAUUGUGACUGCGACCCUGCACAGGCGCGUUUCCAUGCGAACGUGGCUGUGAGUGUGGACUCGCGGCCCUAUUAUAUGGUAAUGAGUAUUCCGCGGCGGCGCACGGCUCCCUCAUCAAAGCUGUCCUUGUGCACUCUUUUAUGAAACUCUUGAGGGGGGCAGGUGCAUCUCGCAUAAAAAGCUACUUUCCUGGCGGAAGAUAAGAAAAGAGUCCGCACACAGCCCCGAGCUCCGGACGCCAGCGUUUUAUUAAAAAGAAAAUGUUUCGGUGUGACGAGCGUCGAAAUGAGUCGACCCCAGAAAGACCUCCGUCGGACUGAAACAUCUGUUUAAUAACAGCGCUCUGCCAGGAAGAUUUAGAGAACACCGGCUCUGCUCAUAUCGGUCUCCUCCCCUGCUCUGACAGAUAUAACCACAAAAUAAAUACGCUUCCUGCUCGCGCUCAUACGUCCUCAUCUAUUAUUUACAUCGUGCUCCUUUCAUCCAAAUAGACUGAGAAGCAUCAAGACGGAGACACUCGGUUCUUAAACAGGUCAAUCUGCCUAAACUGUGAUGUUUAACGGUGAUGCAACCACGUCCUGAAAAACAUAACCCACUUUCUGAUCCGGUUUCAGCCCAACUUUGCGCUGUGUGAGAGAGCGGGAAAGUCAUGCUGUGGAAAAAACUUCUGCUAACUUUACGUAACGUUUGUCCUCUUUCUGUGCUUCGUCCAUCAGGGGUGGCUUUUAUUUUUGGGACGAGUCUGUCGGGGAGCAGAGGAGCACAGCGAGAAGGAAGGGAGAGGACAAAAAUACUUUGUUUUUUUCUCCCCCACUGUGUACAGAGUGCCGAGAGAGAUGUAGAAUAUCAAAAAGUUCCCGGGCUUGAGGAAGUAGAGUCAGCCGCCGGCGCUCCAUCCCAGUGUUGCAUGAUCCUCUGCAAGUGGAGUGUUCAUCUUUGAUAUGAUCAUCCUCGUAACAAGUGCAUCGUUUUGAUCCGUCACUUUUGGACUUUUACAGACGCUGACAUUGUGCAACACUGAUGAUCUCUUUGAGAAAA